AUGGCGACUCACUUUGCAGUAGUUCUCCUGACAAGCCUCCUUGCUCUUGCAACUCUUGCCAACUGCAACGUAGAAGGCGACAUCCUCUACGAGCAAAUGCAAGCAUGGGAGGACCCCAGCAACGUGCUCCAAAGCUGGGAUCCAACCCUUCCCGAUCCCUGCACCUGGUUUCAUGUCUUUUGCUCGAGCGACGGUUCCGUUGUCCGUGUGGAUUUGGGCAAGGCGGGCAUCUCAGGCCCCCUGAUUCCGGAGCUGGGAGGUCUUCAGCAUCUUCAGUAUCUUGAGCUGUACGCAAAUAACAUCACCGGAUCGAUACCAGCGACCUUGGGCAACCUGACAAGCCUGAUCUCUCUUCAUCUCUAUGACAACCUUCUCACUGGAGCCAUACCGGCCUCGCUCGGGGCCGUCCGGACGCUGCGUUAUCUGUAUGAGUUCUGGUCACAUUACAAGCGGCUGAACGGGAAUAUGCUGACUGGCACAGUUCCGCCGGAGAUUCUCUCUCUUGUUCUUGUGGGGAACUUGGCUGAACUAAAUGUUGCCAAAAACAAUCUGGAAGGCACUGUCAGAUCAUCUCGACGGCGGAGAGUGGCCUUCAUCAUCCAGGAUACACUCAAGACUGCAAGCUAA